AGAUAAAAUAAAAUGGUAACAAUCUUCAUAAUAAAAAAGAAUGUUUUAUUUCAAACUGAAAAAUAAAUAUUAAAACAAUAAUGGCUACAAGAACAUUGACUGAUGUAUUUAUAUUAAUGCGAAAUAAUGCUAUACAACGGCGAAACAUUUACUCUGAACAGAACAACACGGAUCGUAUGUCAUUAGUUAGUUUAAAUAAUGCUGAAGAAGGUAAUUAUUAUGGGAGUGGUGAUUGUGCGAUGCCACCAUCAUGGAUAUCAUUGCUGGAGGAAGCACAAUAUUCAUUUUCAAAGUUACGUGAUAAGAUAACCGAUUUGAAAACGUUACAUGUGAAAUAUUGUAAUAGGCCUACAUUUGAUGAUUCGAGCAAGGAAGAUGCCGAAAUCGAACAAUUGAGUCAAGAAAUCUCUAGAAUGUUUACGUCGUCUCAUAGAUUAAUUCAACAGAUUAAAAGUCGAUGUUAUGAUGGAUCCAGAAAGGAACAAAAACUUACAUCAAAUGUAGUGCGAGCCUUAGCAUCAACCUUACAAGAACUCUCAACAAGUUAUCGUACAACUCAAAGUAACUACCUAAAACAAAUCAAUUCACGUGAGGCAAACACUCAAAAUUAUUUUGAUUCUUUAACAUUCGAACCACAAACACCAACCGAUGAUCUCCUAACACAAUCGAAUACCGAGAACAUUGAUCAAUAUUUUAUGGCAAAUCAAAUGCAAAAACAAAUGACACAACAGCAAUUAGUACUUUUAGAAGAAGAGAACACACGUUUUGCACAAGAACGUGAACGUGAAGUAAAUCAAGUAGUGAAAACAAUCUACGAGAUAAACGAUAUCUAUAAAGAAUUAGCGCAAAUGGUUAGUGAACAAGGUACAGUAUUAGAUCGUAUCGAUUAUAAUGUGGAACUAACACAAAUACAAGUGCAAGAGGGCUAUAAACAAUUGAAAAAGGCUGAAAAUUAUCAACGUAAAAAUCGUAAAAUGUUUUGUAUAUUAAUAUUGGGUGCUACAACAAUUCUUUUAACAUUUUUAUUAAUUAUUGUUAAAUUUUGAAAUAAUUCUAUAAAUAAAGAGAGAUAUUUCUUUUAACAGUCGAUUAUCGAUAAUUAUUAUCGAUUCUGUUGAUUAAUAAUUUUUAAA